AUGGCACCAAAGGCUGGAGUAUCAGCCGCAGAGAAGCAACGCCGUAUCCUGGCUUACCUUCAAGCAUCACGAACAUGCCACACCCUCAAGGACUUGGAAAAAACACUCCCGCCAGUUGCAUCAAUCAACGGUAUGCAGGUCAAGGAGCAUAUCCAAGCAUUGAGUGACGAAGGCCAACUCCACGUCGAAAAGAUUGGCAGUGGGAAUUGGUACUGGGCAUGGGGCGGUGAAGAGAAGAAAGCUCGCGAGAAAACAAUAGACACCUUGGAUAAGGAGGUAGAGAAAUUGCUGAAGUCAACAGGGGACCUGGAAAGCAAGAUUAUGGCACUCAAGGAAGAACAACGCCUAGAGGACGCAAAUAACCGUAAUGGGAGUCGGGAAGAUAAUGAGAGGGAAAGAAUAGCGUUGAUGAAGAAGAAGGACCAGCUUGAAACUGAAAUCGCGUGUCUGGAGAGCAGCAUCAAGCAACGGUCUGAAGGGGAUGGUCCGAGCUCAAUUGCGCAAAAGGAGACAGAUAUUGCAAGAUGGAAGCAAGAAGCACAGAUGUGGACGGAUAAUAUCUAUAUCCUAGAGGAAUAUCUGAAAAGGUUAACAAAUGGAGAUAGGGAGGUUUUGGACGCUGUGAGGAGAGAAUGCUAUGGCCUUGCGUAUGUUGAGGGAGAAGGAUUAGCAGAUCUCGAUAUCUGA